AUAAAAUUAUGUUAUCCCAAUCCAUAGUGAGCAUUUAAUCUAGCAAAGUUUGCAAACCAAAAACAAGUUAAAUAGGAUUGUUAUCAACAUCAAUUAGUAAAAUUGGAGAUUCUAACUUAACUACAAAAACUAAGGAGUCAAAUAAUAUGUCUCCAGUCAAAAUGAGAUUAUUUAAAGAUUAAUCACCAAAACAAAGCAAAGGAUUAUAAGGAAUAAUAGUUGGGGAAUAUCAGUAUUGAUUUUAAUUAAUUUAGUGCUCUAACACCUUCUCAUAUUGUAUUUAGUAGUAUUCAUAAAAGUACGUCUCCUAUGAGAUCAAGUUUGAAUUAUAAUGACUCUCCUCAAAGAGCUAAAGCUAGAAUAGAUAGAUUCAAGAAUUGGGACUCAAAGUUAGGACUUGAGCUUUAAAUCCAAAAUACAAAAUUGACAAGACUUAAUAAUGAAUUAUCAUACUCUAGCUACUAAUCUCAUCAUUUAUCAACUAAAUCAGCUGUUUUCUUGGGCAACAAUCAAAGCAAAUUAGGUUUUGGUGGAAAUUAAAGUGAAAUAAGAUUAUUGAGUGCUAAAUUGAAUGCUAUUUCUCCUUCUCAGAUAGGAUCAUUUACUGUUGAGUAAUAAUUUAAAUAUACAUUUAUAGAAAUAACCAUGAAUUAGCCUCCUUAUAACAAUCCCUUACUAGAAUCUUAAAAUAAAGUCAAUAGAUUUGAAUUAUUUAAUUUUCAAGUAUAUAAAU